AUGUCGUGUCCCAACUGCUUCACGGGAGAGCUGCUCGAUGGCGAGCCAACGGGAAAGACCUCUGAGGUAGAUGGCGCUGCGUAUUUCGCGCCAGGUCCAGAAAACGCGACCUCCAAGCGCGCCAUCAUCUUGCUCACCGAUAUAUUUGGACUCCCGCUCAAGAACUCCAAAAUACUCGCAGACAACUUUGCUAAAUGCCUCGAAUGCGACGUCUACGUUCCCGACCUCUUCGCUGGCCACCCACCGGUGACCGUCCAGCAGCUAUCCGCGCUGCCAGAGAAAGCUGGCGUGAAGCUUGGCGUUGGAAAAAUCGCCCAAAUCGUGUGGAAAGUGCUGCCCAGCAUCCCCGCCAUGAUUCGCAACAAACCGUCGGCCGGUGCUGCCCGUGCCCUUACCGCAAGUGACGUCUCCCAUCAGACCAAGCAUUAUGAGAAGCUCGGUGCCGUAGGCUACUGCUAUGGUGGCGGCGUCGCUGUCCUAUUAGGCUCCCAACAUCCAGAUCUUCUCAGCAGCAUUGUCCUUGCCCAUCCGUCAAAUCCUACUGACGCCAACGCUAGCGAUUUGGUUGUGACUGCAGGAACUACCACUGCUGACAUUCCCUUAGAGGAUAUGGGAAUCAAACCCGCUCGUCUCGAGCAGCUCAAUGCACUGUAUAAAGGUCGAGAGGGCAAGGACAACUUUGUCGAAUACGAGUUUACUGUCUAUCCCGGCACUGCUCAUGGGUUUGCUGCUCGGCCCGCUCUGAAGUUCCCAGAAGUCAAGGAAGGGUUCGAAAAGGCCUUCCAACAGACAGUGGGCUGGUUCAAUAAGACAAUUCCCCAUGAUACCCUUGUUUUCGGUGAUCAACACGACGAGCGCGACAACACUCGGCGGUGCUAUGACUAUUAA